UUUAUCCUCACGCUUGACCAACAUCCACCCGGCUUCAUUCUCGACCGAGGCUCAGUCACAAUAUGUCCUUUUCUUUUCUUACUCGGUGCUGUGAAACAGCAAGAAGUCCAUUCUCUUUGCUUGGUUCCGUGCGGACUGCCACCAAACGCGCUGGAGGAACGGUUCGAAACCAUGGAGGAUCACCGGGCAAGCGUCUGGGUCUCAAGAAAUUUUCUGACCAGCACGUCAUUCCCGGUAACAUCAUAGUACGACAACGGGGAACGCAAUUCCACCCAGGGCAGAAUGUCAAAAUGGGUCGCGACCACACUAUCUAUGCCACCGCCCCGGGCUUCGUACGGUUCUACAAACAAAAGUGGCUACGAGGAGACCGGAAGUUUAUUGGUGUAGUUCUGCAUCGCGGCGAGAAGCUUCCAAGGGAUGAAACCUCACUAGGUCGCAGUCGAUACUUUGGCCUCGUCGACCUGACUGCCUUCGCUGCAAGCGGCCCAUCAUCACAAACCAGUACAUGAGUGGGGUUUGUCCUGGUCCCUGUGGUGAUUCGCCCACGGUUUAUGAUGUCGGCUACAUAACCAUCGUUGCAUCUCUACGCCCGUUGCACUCAGCACCGUAUACAAUUGUGUUGGUGGGCGGCAGUGCGCACCUUUGCUAAUAGUAUAUGAUAUUAUAUUUAGCCCAUCUUUUAUAUAUAGAUGAUAAAUCUCAUUGCUAUAUUGCUGCGUCUGU